AAAAGUCACCUGCAUGAGAAAGGAUGCAGCUGGAAUGGGAUCAGAGCAAGGUCCUUACUGCUGGGCUCAAAAAGCAGCGAUUCCAGAGUGCUGUGAGGAAAGUCAUCAUUCUUCUGUCAGUCACACGUCAAAUCAUCCAGAUUAUGGAGGAGGCUACCGGUUUUAAAUUCUGGGGCAACGUUGCUGUUUAUACCAGGAUGGGAUCAGCCUUCAAGGAAAGAAAAAUGAAAGAACAGAAAACAAAGGACCAAGACCCUACGUUUGACACAAGCAGCUUUAAGAUUCAAUACGAGUUCACAUUUCCUGAGAAAGCCAUGCAGAUUGCUCUACAGAGACCAGAAGAGCGAUCAGAGGAGGGUGUACGAUUUAUCCGUAGCAUGAUGCAAGGCAUACCCAGCUUCCGUCGUUACUCCCAUCACAUGCAGCUCAUGCUAGCCCGCGUUGUUCGCUAUGAGAGGUUUGGUAGGAGACGAGUUGUUGUGCAGAAAGGCCACAGAGGAAACAGUUUCUAUUUUGUGUUCUCCGGACGAAUUGCUGUGACACAAGACAAAGAUGGCAGCAGUGCCUUUCUUGAUUCUGAACCAAUCCUGCUGAAGAAAGGGGCUUGCUUUGGAGAAGUAGCCUUACUCAAGGGUCUGAGAAGAAAUGCGACCGUUGUCUGUAUGGAAGAGACAGAGUUCCUGGUAGUGGACAGAGAAGAUUUUUUUAGCAAUAGCCUUGACACAGAGCUGAAGAAGGAGUUUCAACACAGAUUUAAUUUCUUCAGAUCACUUGAGCUUUUCUCCACAUGGUCAGAGGAAUCCCUGGAGACCCUAGCUGAUCACUGCAAAGCUGAAGAGUUUAACCACAGCCAGGUUGUCAUGAGUGAUACAAGUGAAACCAAGAACAUCAUCUUUGUCACAAAGGGUCGGUGUGAUGUACUGCGCCUUGUGGAACUUGGCCAGUGUGCAUCCUACCACAGCUGGAUCAAGCAACAGGAAGUCUUCCUUGAGAAACCAACAAGAAGCAUAUCAGCAGAUAGUGAAGAGUUUCAAAACAAGACAUUGCUGAAGUUCCGAAGUUCACAAUCUCCAUCACCCAACAUGAAGAACAGAAGAAGGGAUUCUAGCAUCAACAGAAAAUCUUCAUCUUUUUCUAGGACUUCAAAGCUGCAAAAUGAAAAUGGUUUCCAUGAUACUGAAGAACUUAAGAAAAAGUGGCUCAGCAAAUUAAACAUGCCCCCAGGAGAGUUACCAAGUGGCUUACUGGCUGCAGUUUACCUUCGGAUUGAUGCAUUAAGACCAGGACAGUGGUUUACGGGAGUGGAUAUUGGUUAUAUAGAAAGUUGUCUUGAAAAAGAUGGCAGAUUCCCAAAGGACAAGAUUCUAAACUGGGUCAUGGAACCAGAGGUCAAGGAUUCUCGUGGCAUGGCCAUAGUAAGCCAGGGAUCUGAAAUAAUUCGAAUCAAGCUGGAUAAAUUCAGUGAGCUAACAGAUCUAUGUACACUCAACAAGCUGAGAAGCUUUAUUAGACCAUAUCCAAGUGAUGAUGAGCUAUGCCAGAUCUUUUUGGAGCAGAACCGCUGGAAGAUAUUUAAAGGGGACAUCAUCAACAGUCAAACAAAACCUAUGUGCAGUAACCCUAUAGAAAGACUAAACCUGAGAACCAGUAAGCAGAACAGUAAUAAAAACUAUGAGUGGGACACUGAAGAAACGGGAAUAUUGCACUUCAUGCAGGCAGCAAAAAAUCAAAAGGUCUGGAUAACUCCCAGAGUGAACCCUGAUGCUACCAAGCAAAGCAAGUGCCAAGGAAUAGAAAACAUGUCAAAUAAAAAGGAACACUUACGACUGAUACAUGGAAUCAUAAUCCCAAAAUGCUAUGGAAGACGACUAAUGUACUAAACAAAGAAAAGUUUGCUCAAACGGAAGUGUUUUGAAUGCAACCAAGAAAUGGACUAGAGCUCCUCGGCAUUUUUGUUGCAUUUUCAGUUACUGAUCACAGGAUUGUGCUGCAGUUUCCUUCACUGAUGACUGAUUUCUUUGCUGACUGUUGACACUGCACUUUCCUACAGCUAUUGCAAGAAAUCAGACGAAUGAAAUAUGAACUGUGUUACCCACCACUUGGUUUAUUUCUGUUUUAUUUUAUGUCGAACAGAUAUGAAACUUGGUUUACUGGGACAUUUUAUUUAUUUUUAUUGCAAUAUUUUAUUCAAACACAAAGCAUAUACAUUUUAAGAAAUGGAGUUCUCCCGAGAUCAUAAACUCAUUUUUUUCAAUAAAUAUAAAUAAAUAUAUAUAACAGAAAGCACAGAGUUAAACAUAAAUGAUUUAUACAGUAGCAGUUAUACAAUACAUGUCAAACAAUAGCACUUGAAAAAGUAGCAGACCCAAAAAUAACAAAUUAUUUGUGGUACAAAACUAGGGGGGAAAUUAUGGCAAGCCAUUACUUGUCAAUGACCAA